UACCGGAAUUAUUUGCUUCUCUGGCUGAUGUCCAGUUGGAUUGAAUUUUUGCAUUUUGAACUUUAACCUUGGUCUUCUGUGUUCUGUGACUGGGCCGUCUUCCCUCUGUCUCUCAUUACAAGGAGCCGGGGAUCGAACCACCAAAAACCACCAACCACCUUUAAAUAAGAUCCAAUGAGACACAGAUCGUGCAAAGCGAGGACCCAAAUGCAGAUGAUUAUAGGCAGGAAGGAGUUAACUGAAGCUGAGCUAUUGAUUUAUUAAGGCUGAUUGGGAGAAAAUACAGAACUAAAAAGCAAAACAAAACUAAAACAGAAAACCUAAGCUGACAAACGCAGGGAACGGAGAACACGGACCGUGAAGAACCACAAGGGUAGAUCAACAGUCUGACGAAGAGCAGAGGAAACACUGACGGGUGAAUAAACAUGGAGACAACACAGAAAGGAAACUCAACAACCUCAAAUAAUCACCAAACAACAUAAGCACAAGAAAACAAAACCAGGAAAUGAGAUGGAGAAGUCCAUAAACACAAAACCCUGGGUCAAAGAUCCAGAACCGUGACACAGACUGAGAGCACACCUGUGUUCAGGUAAACCUCUGCAGUUGUUGUAUUCUAGUUUCAUUUGUAACAGACUCCAGACCACCCAACAGGGUAUUCAUAACAGGGGCUCAGACUGACUCUGCUGCGUUACAUAGCAACAUACAGUGUGUCAUCACAGCACGCUCAUUCCUGUGUGUCACGCUCUAAAACAUCCGUGUAGCAACACAGCCUACUGCCAACAAACUGCAUCUGCUUCACUGAGAGCUAAAGCCAGACACAGAACAGUUUCCACAGAGAACAUUCGUCUGUCUUCAAACGAAGGAUGAAGCUCCAGGGGCAAAUUCUUCCCAGGAGUCUUUGCGUGUUGACGUCACAGAGCUCCUCCUCCUUCUUCAGAGCUAGCGGACGCAGCACGAUGGAAGAAAAUCAGGCACAGGUCAUGAUACUGCUCCUGGAAGAGCUGAACAGACUGACUGAGGAGCAGUUUACCAGUUUCAAGUGGCAACUGGGACGCAGGAUGCGGGAUAUACCUGCAUACAAGCUGGAGAGGGCAGACCGACAUGAAACUGUGGAUCUGAUGGUGCAGCAUCACCCCCAUCAGGCCGUGGUCUUCACCACUGACAUUUUUAGGGCCAUCGCCAGGAACGAUCUGGCUGAGCAUCUGACUCAGCAACUGGCUGAUAUCAACAUGGGAGAUCUGAGAUGACGGGUCUUUGCUUGAAGCUCUGGAAGCAUCAUAACACUCUCAGCUCCCACAGCGCCACGUUCACCAGCACGAAAUACAAAUCCAUGUUUGUUUAUUGAUAAAUAAUCAACUUGUUUGACAUUAUCUCUGCCUCUGUGACCCAAACUCUGUGUUACAGCUCCACCGUCAGGGCAACACUGGACUGUCCACCCUUAUGUAACCGGGUUAUAAUUACACAAAAUAUGUUUUAAAACCCACAUUUGUCCCUGGUAUACCUGACCUUUAGGACCUCCAAGUCUGUAGUCAUCUCCAUUAUCAGUUAGAGCGCCUCCUCAUCUUUUUCUUCUUCUUUGGUGCAACCCUGUAAAUUUGGGGUAAUCCUUUGGCCUCUCCCCUUUUCUAUAAUUCCCCUGUGGGGGAAUUACUCCUAAUUAUAUCUUUAUCCACCUUGAUGUUUGUUAUUGUGUGUUUUAGUUCGUUAUUGUCAUCAUUACAGCUGUCUUUACUAAAUGCUGUGUGUAGUACGUGUGUGUCUCGUGUGUAGAGGCUAGCAUGAAUAGAUCAUUCUUGCUAGCUUGGAAGUGUAGUGAGUCUGGUUAACCACACUGUUUAUAUUUUACUUGGAGGUCUUUCUUUCUACCUUUCAUUGUCAGGUAUGUCAGAUUUUGUGUUGGUGUUUUUUUUUUCCAUGUAAGUUUGUACUUCAUGUUUAAUGUAAAAAUAAAUGCAGCCCCUUUUCUACAGUUCCCCUGUGGGAGAGGAGCUGGAGCUGGCAA